AUGUCGGGACUGGACCCCACUCGCUCUUCUUCAUCUCUCGAGCCCGUCGACAUGCCUCCGGCUUCUUCCACCCCAAUGGAACGUACCCCAAAAAAAUGCACCAAAAAGAAGAAGCGCAAGUCAAAGGAGCGCACCCCAAAGGAAGAGCAGCACAAGCCCAAUAGUUCCGAUUCCACCACAUGCGAAGGAACUCCUACUCUCGCCAGCGAGUGGAACCAUAUUUCGGGCAGGUGUUCUGCCAAUUUUUCCUUGAGCGACACUGCGUUGGAUGUUGAAUAUUGGUCUGCUUGCCGGCUCUCGCGGUCUUCUACGCCCACUCCUGUAUCUUCCAGGCGUAAUUCGGUGGUUAACCACAAGGCCACCCAAGCGAGGUCUUCUACGCCCACUCCUGUAUCUUCCAGGCGUGAUUCGGUGCUUAACUACAUCGCCACCCAGGCGAGGUCUUCUACGCCCACUCCUGCAUCUUCCAGGCGUGAAUCGGUGUUUAACUCCAAGGCCACCCGAACGAAGCACAGUAGGACGAAAGAUCCUCGCGCUGGUAUCUAUAUCCGGUUCCAAUUUAGGGGACCUGCGUCUGAGCCAGGCCGCAUCUUCCAGGCCAACCAGCUACACAUCCUGUACCGGAGGGCCCGGGAGUACUACAACAUUGAUGGGGAUCUUGGGCUCUGGUGCUCUCCUCCAGGUAUCAAGUCGGUUCGCUACAUUUUCGUGGGUGAGGAAGGCCUGAAUGAGUUCCGGAUCCUCCAAAACCUCAUGUACAAUGUGGGAGUGGUCAAUGAGAAUGCCCUUGUGGAGGUGAGGCUUCAUGAGCCUGUCUAUUGGUGA